AUGUGGAACAGUGGAUUUGAAAGCUAUAGCUCCUCCUCUUUCGGGGGAGCCAGCAGCUACACACAGUCCCCUGGGGGCUUUGGAUCGCCGACAGCUUCACAGGCCGAAAAGAAAUCGAGAGCUCGAGCUCAGCACAUUGUACCCUGUACCAUAUCUCAACUGCUUUCUGCUACUCUGGUUGAUGAAGUAUUCAGAAUUGGAAAUGUUGAAAUUUCACAGGUCACUAUUGUGGGGAUAAUCAGAAAUGCAGAGAAGGCUGCAACCAACAUUGUUUACAAGAUAGAUGACAUGACAGCUGCACCCAUGGAUGUUCGCCAAUGGGUUGACACAGAUGAUGCCAGCAUCAAUGCACACAUGAUUCUGAGCAAGCCGAACAGCCAGCCCUCAGCAGGGAGAGCACCUAUCAGCAAUCCAGGAAUGGGUGAAGUUGGGAACUUCAGUGGGAAUAACUUCAUACCAGCAAAUGGCCUCACUGUGGCCCAGAACCAGGUGCUGAAUUUGAUCAAGGCUUGCCCAAGACCUGAAGGAUUGAACUUUCAGGAUCUCAAGAACCAACUCCAACACAUGUCUGUAGCCUCAAUCAAGCUAGCUGUGGAUUUUCUAAGCAACGAGGGACACAUCUAUUCCACCGUGGAUGAUGAUCAUUUUAAAUCCACAGACGCAGAAUAA